AUGGAAAUCAGAAGAAUUGUCAGAGAACAAGCAAAUGUCAAAAAGUGGCCUCAUAUCAUCAUUCUUGAAAAAGAAAUACAUGAUAACAUAAACAACAUUUUAAACCUUAUAGUGUAUGAAAAAAAUAAAAGAUUAUCUCAUAAGACGGAUGAGUCAGAUUGUGUUAACCAUAUUCACAUCCAUAACGAUGUUGACAAAUUGAUGAAUAACAAAGGAGUUCCAAGAAGAGGUACUACAUACGAUUUGAAUACUAAGAGCACGUCAGAGUGGAAGUAUUACGACAAAAUGUCUGUAGAUUUGUUAAAAAAACAUGUUAAGGCAUUUCACAGAAGUAAUAAACAGAUAUGGCACCACCCACUACUGAAGCAAGAAGAAAUGGAAACAAGAAGAGAAAUAACCAAAUGUGGAAAAAUGAAGGAUCAAAAUGAGCAAUGUAAAAAAUAUACAAAAAAGAGAGAUACAAAUUAUUGUACAGAGAAUGAAAAUGAAGUCUUAUCAAAUGUCCAGGUACAGUUACUAAACCAGUAUGAAGAGAAUAUAAACCAUAAAGAAAAAUCAAAUACGUGUCACACAGAAGAUAAGCAACAUUACAAAAUGAAUACUAUUAUCAAUUUAAACGAUUUAGAAUAUCUAUGGAUGAAGCAUGCAAUAAUUAUCUUUAAGCUCCUAGUUGGGUACAAUACAACGAUACAUGUAAAGAGGAAAUUCAACAUGACUAUCGCAGUUUAUGUUCUUCUGAAAAGGGCAUGCAGAAAAGAAACGAUGAUUUCACAUAAUACAAGUUAUCAGAGUAGAAGCAAAAUUGAUAUAUAUCUAUCUUGUGCUUAUCUUCUAUCCAAAGUGAAUAUGGUAGAUAAGGAACUCAUCAUUCAGUUAUGCAGUAUUAUGGACAAUAAGUAUAAGUCACUGAGUCCGAUUAAUAAAUUCUACCUUCUCAGUUGCAUGAAUAAUUUCCAUUCUUUAUCGAAGAAAUUUCAACGAAUUUUGAAUUAUUUGCACACUUAUUUUUACAAUUCACUGAAGAGGAGAAUGGGCAUAUAUUUAAAAAGUAGAAAUUAUGACCUCCGCUCAGCUUUGGGAAAUGAAAGAGAAAAAGGAGCAGAAAAAGGAGCGGAAAAAGGAGCGGAAAAAGGAGCGGAAAAAGAAGAAGAAAAAGGGAAAAGACAUCAUGUUGAGUACCCAAAAGAGGAGGAAGAGACACUGUAUAAGGAAACCAGGAAUGUUAAACGGAUAUGCAAAUUAAGAGACUUAGAUGAGCAUUCAACACAUGGGGACGUGAAGAAAAAAUUGAUCAACGCAAAUAAAAACCCAUUUGGAAUAUCUCAGAUUGAUCAAAUUGAUGAAAAAAUUGAAAAAAUUAACCAAAUUGACGAAAUUGAGGAAAUUUGUCAAAUUUGCUCCAUGGGAGAACUGUGCCAAGUCCUAUUUAAGCAUAAAAAAUACCUGACCCAUUUGGACAGAACAAUUCUAAAAAAGAUAUUGAACGCAGAAUUAUCCAAGUACAGGAAGGUAAGUUCCUCAUUUGUUAAGUGUCUCGUAAAGUUAAGUGACAAGGAUUUGCAUGAAUUUCUAUUCAAUAGAAUUAUAGAAAAUAUCGAAUCCUAUGAACAAUCAGAAAUAUACGAAAUGCUAAACAGUUUUAUCAAAAAGGGGAAGCAAGAGGGAGAAAAUUUUUCUCUUUCUUCCCUUUUGCACAUUUUACACAAAACGAAUUUUUCACAUAUGAACCUAAAACAUGUGUGCUAUUUUUAUGUAUACAUAAAUAGACUAUUCAAAAAGGAGUUUAAAAGGGCAAAGUGGGGAGACACAAAAAUGGAUCAUCUUAAUAGCGAUGAGACAUGCCUAUUUGAUGGUUCAGAUUGGGCAACAAGGUUUGGAGGUUCAAGUUGGAUGAUCACAUAUGGUACGAGCCUGGAGAAACGAAUGCAGACAAAAAAGGUAUGCAUAAAAAUAGAACCAUCGAUAUGUAAAACUCGAAAUGGAAACGAAGCAAACAUUAAUGACGUGGAAUUUUUUGAAGAAUUUUGUGAAAUGAGAUGUAACCACGAGGAGGAGAAUGAUACAGAUAAACAAAACCUAUACUUGAUAAAAAAUUUAAAUGAAAAAAUUAUUCUCGUUUUGAAAGAAAAAAUAUAUUAUUUAAAAAUGAAUAAUAUAAUAACAUUAGUGUAUAAUACAUGCCCAAUUGUGUGUGAAAAUCAAAUUAAUUUUUUAAAAGACUGUUUUGUGCAUUUAGUGGAAGAAAAUUAUUUAACAAUAAAUUUUUUAAAAAUUUAUCAUUUGUUAUAUCGCUAUUUUAUACUUAAUUAUAAUCAAAUGUAUAUGAACCAUGGAAAACCACUUAACCACGUACAUAACAAUGGAAAAACAUACACAGAUAAUGAUGGAAUGUCCAAGUAUGAAAAAAAAGUAAAGAAUCUCUUCAGAUAUAUCAAAGAAAGAUACUAUAUAAAGAAUGAUACAGAUUUAUUGGACAUGAGUAAGUAUACCAUCUUGUUAAAUAUUUGUCAAAAAUUUUUGUUAGAUUUGCUUCUCUAUUCCUUCUACAGGACUCAUUCACAGCACGAGUAUGCGAAAGAGUUGGAAAUUCUUGAUCUUAUUAUGCACACUUUCUCUCAUCUACACUUUAUCAGUAUUAGCAUGCGGGGGAUCUUAGGAGAAGAACCUGACGAGAAACAAUUUGCCAAUCGUUUCAAACAGUUCGAGCUCGUUUUGCUUUAUGGGUAUAAAAUAGUAAACCAAUUGGACAAGUACUUUGAUUUGGUACAACGCGUGUGUCGCUGUAGAGGAAAUCAUCACAAUUCAUUAAAGGAUAAAAACCUGAAUGAUACACAUUCCCCAGUUGAUUGUAUGAACAACUCAGGUAUGGUAAAUAAUGUAUGGGGAGAAGAAAUUCUUUGUGAUACGGCUUCAUUAUAUAAGUACAAGGAAUUCGAGAAUAAUCCAAACGACUUACGCAAGGUUUUUCACUUGAUGCAGUAUGUAAGUUUUGUGUGUUCAUGUAUUUACCAACAAAUGAGGGAGGAAAAAAAAAAAAAAAAACGGAUGAAAAAAUAA